GGCAGUAGUGUGCAGAAAUGGCCGAACAUGGCGUCAGGUGCCAGAGUCCGCGUUGAGGAACGCAUUAAGAUAAACAUUGGAGAGGCAAAAAAUCUGCCAUCACGCAGCCAUGGAUCAGUGGGAAGCAGAGAUGUGUUCUGUACUGUGAAUUUGGAUCAGGAACAGAUUCAUCGGACUAAUACAGUCGAGAAGACCCUGAACCCAUUCUUUGGUGACGAAUACAACUUUGACAUUCCAAGAAAGUUCCGUUGGCUGUGUUUCUACAUUUAUGAUAGAGAACGAAGUGGGAAACAAGAUAAGGUUCUGGGCAAAGUUGCUGUGAAGAAGGAAGAUCUUCACAAGUAUUAUGGCAAGGACCACUGGUUUGAAAUUUUGCCAGUUGAUUGUGACUCAGAGGUGCAGGGUGAGGUUCACCUGGAGAUCCGGUUGGAGUCGAUACAGAAGUCUGAAGGUGCUCCCACUCAGACCCGGCUAAGCGUCAGGGUCAUUGAGUGCAACGGACUCACGAAAAGCAACGGAGCGUGCGAUCCUCACGUGAACGUCUCCCUCUGGUGCGAAAAUGAGAAGCUCGACUCGAAACGCACUCGGAAGAAGACAAAGACCACCUGCCCCAAAUUCGACGAAACCUUUUACUUUGAGAUGGCACAGCGGCCGAGCGAGAUCACGGCCGACUCGCUGGCGGCCAUGCAGCUGCGCGUCACCGUCUGGCACGAGUCGACCGGCAUCUUCGGCAACCUGUUCCUGGGCGAGGUGCGCAUCACGCUGACGGGCGAGGCCGGCCUCAAGCUGAACCCGCACGACCCCGGCUACGACACCUGGUACUUCCUGCAGCCGCGCGAGAACAACCGCGUGAUCGCGCACGACCUCGGCUCGCUGCGGGUCAAGCUGCAGUACACCUCAGACCAGGUCAUCAGCUCGAAGCACUACGACCAGCUUCUGAACCUGAUCCUGCAGAGCCCCGGCGUCCAGCCGGUAACCUGCAGCGCUGUCUACAUCCUGGGCGAGGUGGCCGCCAACAAGCAGGAGGCGGCUGAGCCGCUGGUCCGGAUCUUCCUGCAUCAUGGCAAGAUUGUGUCUCUCAUUGAGUCGCUUGCCGAGUGGGAGAUCGCCCAUGAAACCCACUUGAACACCAUCUUCCGCGGCAACACACUCGUCUCCAAGUGCAUGGACGAGCUGAUGAAGCUGGCCGGCCUGCACUACCUGCACACGGUGCUGAAGCCGGUGGUGGAGCGGAUCGCGCAGGAGAAGAAGCCAUGCGAGGUGGACCCGGGCAAGAUCGGCGACGCCGAGCGGAUCGACGCCAACCUGUCCAACCUCAAGGACUACAUCCGCGAGACGUUCGCGGCCAUCAUCAACUCGGCCUACCAGUGUCCCUCGAUCAUGUGCCGCGUCUUCUUCGCGCUCAAGCGCCAGGCCAAGCUGCGGUUCCCAGACAACCAGGAGGUGCAGUACUGCGUGCUGUCCGGCUUCGUGUUCCUGCGCUUCUUCGCUCCGGCCCUGCUCAGUCCGAAGCUGUUCGAUCUCACUCAGGAGCAGCUGGACCCUCAGACGAGUCGGACGCUGAAGCUCAUCUCCAAGACCAUCAACAGCCUGGGCAGCUGCGUCGGCUCCCGCAGCGCCGUAACGUUCAAGGAGGAGUACAUGACGCCGGUCAACCAGGACUUCUUCAACGAUAGCUACCUGCAGAAGCUGCGGCUGUUCCUGGACGUGAUAUCGACGGAGUCGGCUCCCCACCAGGCCCUGGAUUCGCCGAUCAUACUCAAGGAGGGGGUGCUGGUGAAGCGGGCUAUGGGCCGCCGGCUCAUGGGUCUGAAGAACUUCCGACAGCGCUACUUCUGCCUCACCACGCGCAGCCUGACGUACGCGGCCCACAAGGGACAACGGCCCCUGCACGAGAUCCCCGUGGACAACAUCCGGACCGUGGAGCUGGUGGAUGAGGCGCAGUUCAAGAAGAAGAACAUGUUCAAGCUGGUGCAGCCGGACAAGGAUCUGUACAUACAGGCCAACAACUGCGUCGACCAGAAGGCCUGGGUGGACAUCUUGUCCAAGGUGUGCGCGCACAACCAGGACAAGACGGACCAGUUCCACCCUGGCCAGUUCCGGGACAAUAUCUGGACCUGCUGCCGGACGCCGACCAAGAACGCCAUCGGCUGCGCGCCGGUGACGGCCGAUAAGCUGCACGCCGAGAUCAAGCUGGCCGCCGACAGCGACCGCGAGAUGGAGCGGGUGUACGCCUUGUUCGCCGCUAAUCUUGACGAGCUCGGCAAGCUCAAGGACGAGUACGCCUGUAAGGCCGUGUACUUGGGCGACCCCGACUACGAGAUCCAGGACACGGAGGUGGGCUACAAGACCAUCAACAGCAUCGUGUCGGCGGUGAUCUCGCUGGAGCAGGAGCACCGCGACCACAGCCGCAGCCUGGCACGGGGCAUCCGCUACGGCUCCCGGAUGGCCCCGAUCGGUGACGACAACUACCUGCAGCUGCGGGCAGCGGCCGCCUCCGACUCAGCGCCACACCAGCGUCGCUUCCGGGUCAGCGGCAACUGCGAGCAGGAAUUUGUGCGUUGA